CAGACCAAGAAGAAGAAAGAAAGAAAGAAGAUGGAUUUGACUAACAUAGGCUUUGAUCCCACAAUGCUGAUGGCUCUCCAGGACAUGCUAGACAUGUACGAGGAGCCGGUGCCGCACACCACAUCAAGAACCUACGUGAGAGAUGGGAAGGCCAUGGCUGCAACCCAAGCGGACGUCGAGGAGUACCCAAAUGCAUACUUGUUCUUGGUGGACAUGCCGGGGCUCAAGGCCUAUAAAAUUAAGGUCCACAUUGAGGACGAGAACGUGCUGGUGGUCUACGGAGAGAGGAAGCAGGACAAGGAUGAAAAGGACAAGAAAGAAAUGGUGAAGUACAUGAAGAUCGAGAGGAGGUUUGGUAAGUUUCUAAAGAGGUUUGUGUUGGCUGAAAAUGCAGACAUGGAUACCAUAUCGGCCAUCUACCAGGAUGGUGUGCUGACCGUUACUGUGGAGAAGAAGUAUCUGCCGGAGGCCAAGCCACGCAAGACGAUUGAGGUCCGAGUUGGCAAAUAACCACAUGUACUUCAUCAUCUCAUAUGUAGACAUGGCUUCAAGCUC